AUGGCACCAAUGCUGGGCGACUGGGAUCCCCCUGCUAACACAACAUGCAAAUCCGACGCAUGUUCUGCUCAAAAAAGCAUCCUCUAUAUCGAUGCCUAUGACUCUUUCUCUUACAAUGUGGUGGCCAUGUUGGAGGAGACGCUGGGCGUCAAAGUCACAGUGAUUACCAUUGACUCAAAAUGGCCUGACUCCAACAUGACCGACUUCCUCCAACACUUCGAAGCCAUAGUCCUAGGCCCAGGACCAGGAGACCCUAAUGUUGCCAGUGAUGUUGGCAUCAUGAGAGACAUCUGGGACCUGCAGGACUCGGAUCUGGUUCCUGUUUUUGGAAUUUGCCUGGGUUUCCAAAGCCUCUGUCUCCGUAACGGGGUCCCCAUCGAACGGUUGCCGUAUCCGAUUCAUGGCCAAAUUCAUAAAAUAUCCACUACUUCGAAGGAUAUCUUCAAACAAAUACCGGAGAUUGAGGUCACUCUUUACCACUCACUUUAUGCCAAUUCCUCCUCGGCAGAAGCGCCUGAUCUGGAAUAUCUGGCUUGGUUAUCGCUCAAAGAUUUCCCCGAAAAGCAGAUACCCAUGGGAGCGCGUCAUCUCAGGAAGCCAUUCUGGGGCGUUCAAUUUCAUCCAGAGUCUUGCAAGUCGGAAAUCGUGGCUUGCAAAAGUUUACUUCGAAAUUGGUGGAAGAUGGCACUGGCGUUCAACAAGACUGUUGGACGAGGGGGGUAUUGCUCUCUUCCUGAAGCAGUCAUCAGUCCCAAUACUAUACUCAGCCCCUUCCCAGAUGCCGCAUAUGAAAUGCUCAAACUCAGCAAGGCAACGUCGAAGGUCUCGAAUUCCCGUUCUCUCAGACGGUCUGGCUUGACAGCCGAGACAGUCAGCGAGCUGUUCAACAAACCAGGCUCGCCAACAGUUCUCUUCCAAUCAAAUGGGGAAUACAGCAUUGUCUCAAUACCCAGUACCGACUCCUGGCGAUUGGAAUAUUAUGUUGAGACACAUGAAUUGCGACUCAUUCAGCUUUAUGGCGACUGCAAAGUCACAGAAAGCCGUAUCUCCGUGGUCCAACUGUGGGACGCUUUGCGCUACUUGAUGGAAAUGAAAAAGGUCGAUUCGGGCUCUACGCAAGUGCCAUUUUGGGGUGGCUUUUUGGGUUACUUCUCUUACGAGCUCGGUCUCACGUGUCUUCCUCAUCCAGGAACGGCACAGGCACAUGAGCCACCUCACCCUCACAGUAACGACAAAUCUUCUGAGCCCUUAGAGAACCCGCCUGAUGUCAGUCUGCUAUGGUGUGAGAGAAGCAUUGUUCUCGACAACAAGACCGGCAAUAUUGUGGUCCAAUCCACUCGCCAUGAUGACCAUGCACCUCUAGGUUGGCUUGAUGAGACAAGACAGUUGCUUGAAGAGUGCUUGAUACCUGGCAAUGACACUGGCUCUGAUGAAACUCUGGAUUCAAUACUCCAACAAAGCAGAAUCCAGCUUCCUGAAGAACGAAAAUACAAACAGCAAAUCGAGCAAUGCAAAGCGGAAUUGGAAGCCGGCGAGUCCUACGAGCUAUGUCUGACAUCCGAAACAUCCAUCACUCUACCAGUCCCAGAAGAAGAGACAACGCGAGUCGCCUUCCCUUGGAGACUCUACAAACGCCUAAAAACCUACAACCCAGCUGCAUUCAGUGCAUUCGCCGAUCUAGGCGAUACUAAAAUAGCCAGCAGCAGUCCAGAAUGUUUCCUCAACUGGGAUCGCCAGUCAACCCUGGAAAUGAAGCCCAUGAAAGGCACAGUUCGCAAGUCUCCGGGGAUGACCAUGGAGAAAGCAUGCGAGAUCCUCAGCUCGACCAAGGAGAUGGCAGAAAACCUCAUGAUCGCCGAUCUAAUUCGACACGACUUAUAUGGUAUCUGCGGAUCGGGGGGCGUGCACGUCGAAAAGCUCCUCGAGGUUGCAGACUAUGGCCGCGUUUUUUCCAUGAUCACCCACAUCAAGGGCACGAUCCGUCCCAAUCAUCCUGGCUUUGCGGUGCGACACAUGCCGCAGCUGAAUACGCCUAACAUGGCUGUUCAUGGGCUGACGACUCUUCAGAGAUGUCUCCCUCCAGGCUCCAUGACCGGUGCGCCCAAGGAGCGAUCUUGUAUGCACCUUCGUACAAUCGAGAAUCGCAAGCGGGCAAUUUACUCCGGGGUGAUGGGAUUCUUGGACCUUGGUGGGGGUGGAAGCUUCUCUGUUUUGAUCCGUUCGGCUUUCACUUCCACCGCUGGAUCAGAUUACACUGAUAGAAAGAUUCAGACCUGGCGGAUUGGUGCUGGUGGAGCUAUCACCACGCUCAGCACGGCGGAGGGGGAAUGGGAUGAGAUGUUGACCAAGCUUCGUGUUGUUUGCAACAUUUUCACACCUCUUGAUCAGAGCAACAAACAGGCUGUUCCGUCCUGA